AUGACCUAUGGAUCUUUCUGCGCAAAGGCCAUACGCAAUGGAUUCCAUAUUGAGAUAUGUCGAGCUCGGGGUCAGAGUGAAUCUUCACAGGCGUCGCUUCGACUUCGUGGGGACGCGGGUCACACCGGGAAUCAGGGGAUACGGCAGGGAUACCAGCGCUAUGGUUCUCCCCCAGUCGUGACAUAUGAGGCCCAGCCGGACGUUAUCCAGCUGAUCCGCUGGGACCUCUCAGUGACGCGGAGAUGGGCACUUCCAAGUGCGGCUCGCUUGGAUGCCGAUACUGUAGAAGCAUGGACUCCCGUAGGAUCGACCGGAUGA